AUGUUCCCGAAAGCUACGAGAGGCUCAUCUCAGCGCUUAGGGCUGACGGCUAUGAAGUCCAUUGCCCACGACUGCCAACCGCCAACCAGCCGACCGCCCAAUGCUGAUCUUUACACCGACUCGGAUUUCGUGCGCUCCUACGUCUCGAGUCUUCUGGAGGCUGGGCGCGAGGUGGUUGCGAUCUUGCACUCAUACGGCGGGCAAGUAGGCAGUGAUGCGCUUAUUGGCCUUGGAAAAGCAACCCGAGAGAAAGAGGGUCUCUCGGGGGGAGUCACACACCUAAUCUACACGGCUGCGUUCGCAGUGGCUGAGGGCGUAGGUAUGAUGGACAAAGUUCGCGAAUUCGGCCAUAUGAACCUGGUGCCGAUAGCAUUUGAUUUUGCUGAGGACGACACUUGCCUGAACAAUGACCCGCGCAACCUGCUGGUCGGUCCCAGUGACCUUGCCGAGGAAGAGGUGGACAAGUGCCUGGUGACGCUUGUCCGCUGGAAUGGCAAGGCGAUGUACUUGCCUAUCCGCCACGCCGCUUGGCGUGACAUUCCUGUUGCCUACAUCCACUGCACCACCGAUAUGACAGUGCCGUUAGACUACCAGAGGAGCUUUGUUGCAGACAUGGAGAAGGCUGGCCGGCCUGUGCGCACAUUUGAGCUCGCCACGGGACACUCCCCUAAUCUGACAGCCACCGCUGGCGUGGUCGACGCCAUUAACCAGGUUGUUUUCGAGGCACAAACCGCCUCCCUCCGAUACCAUCUAGGGGAUAAUUACGAAUUCGACUUCGUCGAUGGUGCGUACCUGUGGCCCGCGGCACCUGGCAUUGAGGAAGUGUUCGGCACCCAGCAGGCUUGCUAUUCUUACUUUGACGGCACUGCAGGUAGCGCACUUGCUGCGGUGGAUGACCUAGCCGCUUAUGUUGCUGAGAAUGGUCCAUUCGACGCCGUGCUCGGCUUCUCGAUGGGCUCUGCUUUAGCAGCUACUCUACUGUUGCAGCCUCGUGACGGCAAUGGCAAGAAACUAGCACCAACACACGAUGCGGCGCGUAAUCUAAUCUACAGCGCCAUCUUCGUGUGCGGGACUCUGCCUGUUGACUGCGCGGAGCUUCGGCGUGGCACGAUGACCUGGAUGGACGCUGCACGGGCUCACCAGAAGUGUUGGCCGGUAAGAGUUCCGACCGUGAACGCUUGGAGCGAGCAAGAUACAGGGUAUCCUGGCGAGAGUCAGCAGCUGAUGCGCAUGUGUGUGGAGGAGAGUCGAGUUGAACUACGACACAGUGCCGGUCAUGGCGUCCCAUCCAAGACGGACGAGGUGGCGGCAUUAGCGUCGUCAGUCCAGCAGAUGUUAUCUACUGUGCGCGCGAGAGUCUAG